AUCGCAGUACCGAAUUCGCAAGACGCAACGGAUUGAUCCAAGAUUGGAAUUAACGGAUUCAGCCACAACAUCUCACACAACACAAGGAAGACACCCAAACCGAUAAUGUCAUCCCACGCGACACUCGCAGCCGCCGCUGACGACCGCAAGGCCCGUCUAGCCAAGCUCAAGUCUCUGAAGCGCAAAGAACCCGAGCCCACCUCCUUCGACGAUGGCGAAGAGUCCCACGAUUCCCCAGCCCAACACACCAACCACAACGACGACGGCGACAACCAGGAGGAAUCCACAACCAAAUCCAAAGACGGCACCCCAACAGCCGACGUAGCCCGCCUCCACCUCUCCGGGCGCAACUUUGACUUUGAAACGCGCGGGCCCAAGCUAGGCUUCGAAGCGCCUCCCACGCUGACGCUCGAGAAACCGACACUAGAAGAGCAAGCGGCCGAUAUCGAGGAGGAAGCGCAGCGACAGGCUGCUUUGGACGCGCAAGCCGCCGAAGAAAACAAGGGCAUCGACCUGUUCAAGUUGCAGCCCAAGAAGCCCAACUGGGACCUGAAGCGGGAGCUGAACCAGAAGAUGGAGGUGCUGAAUGUGCGGACGGACAACGCGAUAGCGCGCAUGGUGAGGGAGCGGCUGGCAGCCAAGAAGCAAGCGGCUGUGCAGGAUAAGACGAAAGACGGAAAGGAGGAGGAGGAGGCCGGUAUGCUGGAAGGGACGGCGCUGGUGGAGGGGAUGAAGUUGAGGGAGAGGGAGGAGGCCGAGGAGGAGAGGAGAGAGAGGGAGUUGGAGGAGGCCGAGUUGGCGGCUUGAAGAGUUGGAACUUGACGGCAGCUGUAUUCACGCGGUCAAGGCUGGACGGGAGAAGUGGACCGAGAGGGGCGACAGGUCGAAAAGAACGAGGACGAGAACGAGGACGAAAUAUGCUCGCUAAUCUCGGGAGGAUUACUGUUAUGAUUUUGUUUUUACAGAGAAAGGCUGAGACUCCGCUCGCGCGGCGGUGGCGCGGGAGACGGUUCGCGCUUUGGAGGUCGUUGCGGCGACGGACUCUUGUAUCUCGGCUGUCCACGGCCAUCUUCCCUGUCCCGGUAGUAUCCUCCUGCCCUGUGAUUCUCUCCUCUGCUGUCUCGCCUGACCGGUGAGCGGGCUGGUGACCUGGACCUCGACUCGGAAACAGAAUAGUCGCGCCUGGAUAGCCUUGUCCUCCCGGAGUCACGUCCACGCUCACGUCCGCGCUCACGGCGGGGCGACGGCGAACGACGACGAGGAGGCAGCGACCCUUUCCGCGAUGAGUGCUUGACCGGGCUCUCUGACCUCCGGCUAGAAUACCGAUCCCGGGAGUCGACUGAGCGUUGGCGGGCCGAAGGCGCCUUGGGCGAUGGCUCAAAGAAGUCUUGCGCAUGUGCUCUCCGUGGAGGUGACUUGGAAUGGCGAGAGGGCCUUGGGGAUGGAGAGCGUGUAGAGAUGGUCGACACCGAAUCAACAGAAGCCGAUCUACUCCUGCUUCUCCUUGGGCUCACGUCUCUAGAUGGUGACUCGUCGUCCCUUUCAAGCUCCUUCUUCUUAGCCCGCUCAGCCUCCUUCUGGGCUAGAAUCUCGUCGGCCACACCUUCCUUGUCCUGAGGCGGCACGGCACUAGUAAGCUUGGGUAGCAGCUUGGGAUUAAAGAGUUGUUGGGUGCGCGACGGCCUCGGGAUGUAGGGCCGUUCCGCAGCUGAGGCUUUACACUCAUACGAAUAGUGACGUUCUGGGAAUGUCAGCUGCGUGUCCUACAUGUAUUGUUGAAGUAGGGAGAACACUUAUCUCUCUUUAGGCAUUUCUGGCAUUGGACGGUUGAGGGGGUUGAUUUGGACGGUAUAUUGCGCCCUCGAUACAUGAUGGUAACCGGAAGGAUUGUUUGGAAUGUGGCUGGCCCCUGGAGAUUGGAGCUUUAUGUAGAAUCAAAAUGAACUAUCUUCGUCCACCUGCCGUUUCUCAAGUUACAACGCCAACAAGGUCGGGGUGCCGUUCGAUUAAGAGGUCGUUACUUGUUUAAUGAUUUCGGCCAAACUUGUAAAGUGAUCGAUCAAGGACGUGAAGCUUCUUCUUGAUGGUUUUGAUACUUGAGGAUGGCGUUGGUUGGUAGUGCCUGGGUAAGUCGAAUUUGGUGAUGAGUUC